AUGAGUUCCCAGCGAGCGAAACUUAUAUUAAAGUUAGCAAAAACCAAAGCAAGAGUAGAGAAGAAAGAGAAUGGUGCGCAGGAUAGUUGGAAAAUUUCGCAGCAUAAUAAUAUUGGCAAUACCAGCAGUACUGCAGAGGAAGCUGUUAAUAGCGUCACGGUCAAUAAAGAGUCCCUAAACAUGAUUGAAAGUAAUAAUAUCCGCAAUAGUUUAAAAGAAGCCAAAAAUGCAACCGAAGAUAAGAAUAAUAUAGAGUCUGUAAAUCAGAUCGAUCUGCCAAGCCAAAACGUUAUCUCCCAAACGACAAUCAUUCCUGGUAUCAUCUUUGAUGAGAGUUCAGAAGAUAUUGGAGGUGUUACAUUAAUAAAUAGAACUCGAUCUCAGGGCUUACUUAGAGCGGAUGAAUAUGAAGAAUUCCCUAGCAGUAAUGGUCCUAGCAGUGAGCUAAUAGAAGAAGAAGCCACUUCUUCUAAAGUAUUUUCUGUUGAACCUGCAAUUCAAACAGAUAACAAUUCAAGUAGUAGGUCCUCAAGUGAUUCGGACCCAACCAGUUCUGAAGAAGAACCUUUUGGUUCUGGUGCUUCAGAAGAAGAUCCUGAUUUUGAACCAGAAAACAUAUUGUCUUCCAGUGAAUCCGAAGUAGAUGGUAUACCUCAAAAUGUAGCUUUACCAAUACGUCGUUCAGUGCACUAUCCUUCUGAAACAGAGAAGCAAACUAAAAAGCGAAAAAGAGUCCCAGAUGAAUGGCAAAAGAAUAAAGCGAAACGUCUUAGAAACACAGGUAAAAGUUAUGAAUCCAUUAGAAAAAUCAAGAAAAGUGAUGGAAGUAUCGAACGGAUGAAAGUAAAGCGAGAAGAAAGAAAGAUGUCCGCGCCCUGUGGGAAAAAAUGCCGCUUAAAGUGUUCCACCAAAAUCUCACAAGAUCAGAGGCAAAAAAUUUUUGAAGAAUAUUGGCAAUUAGGAGAUGUCCUGCAACAACGUGGAUUUAUAGCAGGCCGAAUGCUUACUAUUAAGCCAAAAUAUAGAUGUCAGAAAGGCGAAAAUAGUAGACGUCUAAAUUCUAGUUUCUUCUUCGACCUUGAUGGACAAAAUAUUCGAAUCUGCAAACAAUUUUUUAUGUCCACGUUAGGUAUUAGCAGUAGAGUUAUUCGAACGGUUACAGAAAAACAAGAUUCGAUGACUAAAGGAAUUCUUAAACAAGAAAUAAGAGGAAAACACACCAACCACUAUUCAAUUUCCAAUGGCAUAAAAGAAGAUAUUAGAGCCCACAUCAAUUCUAUUCCAAGAAUUCCCAGUCAUUAUUGUAGGUCGCAAACUAAAAAGGAGUAUAUUGAAGGUGGUAAGACUGUGAGAGAUUUAUACAGGGAUUACAAAAAUAUCUGUCAAGAAGAUAAUAAGCCUUACGCAAACUACUUAAUGUAUUAUACUAUUUUCAAUCAACAGUUCAACAUAGCAUUUUUUACUCCUAAGAAGGAUGCAUGUGAAUUAUGUCUUGCGUACACAAAUGCCAACCAGGAGGAAAAAACCCACAUGAAAAAUAAAUACGACACUCAUCUGAAAGAGAAAGAAUUAUCUCGAUCAGAAAAGCAAGCCGAUAAAGUUUCAGAUAAAGUAGUCGCUGUGUACGACCUCCAAGCGAUAUUACCAUGCCCAAUCGUGUUCUUCCAAACCAACGAUAUGUACUGUCAAAAUGACUUUUUGGAACUAUUGUUUGGUUUGAAAGACGAAUAUACUUGUGGAAAUGACCUACAUAACAUCGAUCAUGAUAAUAAUCUCCCAUAUGUUACGAGAUUUGUAGAUUCUGGUAACGAUGAUUCCGACAUUGACUUUUAA